UCCACGGCUCCGGAACGAGCCUCUGCGUCGUCGAUCCGAGCUCCGUUGCUUUAACGUUGAGCCGGUCCGGUAUACGUUCGCGAUCGUGAGAAUCGAAAUCAUGUGCUGAAAAACAGUUCCCUAAUCCAGCACGGAAAAGCGUAGUGCCGUGUCUUUUCUGAAUCGAACAAUAAAAUGUGUUUACGGCGCAGUCGUCGGAAAAAUGACGGCAACCUCCUACCCGCUGCAUGAGUGCGUUUUCAAUGGUGACACCCGCAAAUUAUCUCUGCUGCUGCGGACACACGAAAUCGCAGAAAAAGAUAAGCAUGGCAACACGCCACUGCAUUUGGCUGUUAUGCUGGGGAGGAAAGAAUGUACCUUUCUACUGUUGGCUCACGGCGCACCGGUUAAAGUAAAAAACUCGCAAGGAUGGUCUCCGCUGGCCGAAGCUAUCUCCUACGGAGAUCGACAAAUAAUCAGCUCGUUGCUGCGCAAGCUGAAACAACAGGCUCGUGAACAGAUGGAUCAGCGAAGGCCCAAUCUCGUCAAAGCCCUCAACCAGAUGGGAGACUUCUAUAUGGAGCUCAAAUGGGAUUUCCACUCCUGGGUUCCACUCAUCUCGCGCAUUCUACCUUCGGAUGUGUGUAAAAUCCAUAAAUCCGGCUGCUCGAUCCGGCUCGACACGACACUGGUCGAUUUCUCGGACAUGCGCUGGGAGCGUGGCGAUAUUUCGUUUAUUUUCCGGGGAGAAAAUGCUCCAAAGGAUUCGUUAACGGCGCUCGAUAAUGAGUGCCGCUGCUAUCAACACGUGCGUCACGAAGAGACGGAGCUGGAGAUUGAAGACGAAGUGGACAUCCUGAUGUCAAGUGACAUUCUUGCAGCACAGAUGUCUACAAAAGGCAUUAGUUUCACAAAGGCACAGUCCGGUUGGAUCUUUCGCGAGGAUCGGCGUGAAACGGUGGCCGGGGUGUACGACAGUGAUCUUUACACAAUUAACGGGCUGACGCUCGAACAGCGCAAACGGCGCGAGCACUUGUCAAGAGAUGAUUUGCAGAAAAACAAAGCACUCAUGGAAUCACUAACUAAAGGCGGCCAGGCACAGAAUGCCGAACAAAAUGGUGGAGAGAUCUUUAGGCGAGCCUCACUGCAACCACCUCCAACCAGCAGCAUCACCUGGGAGGAAUACAUUGCGGCUGACACUGGGCAAUACCCGAACCUGGGCCGUGAACUAGUGUAUAAGGAGUCGAGUAAGCAUUUUAAGGCAACUGUAGCUAUGAGCAAAGACUUUCCCUUGAGCAUCGACAUGCUGCUGAACGUGUUGGAGGUGAUAGCACCGUUCAAACACUUCAGCAAGUUGCGCGAGUUCGUUACUUUAAAGCUGCCAAGCGGAUUUCCGGUCAAAAUCGAUAUCCCCAUCCUGCCUACUGUUUCGGCUAAGAUUACGUUCCAGAAGUUCGAGUUCCGAGAUGACAUCUCGCCCGAUCUAUUCACCAUCCCGGAUGACUAUAAGGAGGAUGCGAUGAGGUUUCUCAUCUAUUUUAUAGAUUUCCUGAUUUAUGACCUUUCGAUCUCGACCGAUUGAACGCUGCUCGAUUGUUCAUGAGCGGCCACAGCAGUCCUCCAUUUGUCGCCCACAUUGUACCGCCGUCUUCUGCCAUACUUCAACCCGUCCCGGGAGGCUGACACUGUUUUCGAUCUCGUUUCAUCAUUUUCCAUUUUUGUCACUUAGCAGCCGCAUGCCAGGAGUCUGAAGCAUGCAGAAGCGAUCCCCAGGAACAGUUCAAUCAGCUCUUAUUAGUGUAUUACGAAGGAGAGCACAGUAUUUUAACUGUUAGCAACAUCGGCGUCAUGUGUCUGUCUUAAGCAGUAUGCUGAAAUCUUUUACAUCUCCUCAACAAUAAUACAGACCAUCUCCUGAAGAAGUAGAGCGUGUACACGAAAUAAAACCAACCUUGGAACACACACAGGGCUAUUUAAAUAAAAUUGAAGUAGGAAAAUUUUGCAAGAAAGGCAUAAAAUAUUGAACAAGACGAGUGAGGAGAAAGGGUGGUUAUCAUUUUGACAGUAAUUCGAGUCAACUAGACAUAUGAAUCGUUAACAAAAGUAAGAUACAUGUUUCGCAAUAAUCAAUUGUUGAAACAGCGUGUGCGUUUGGGCAAAGUCAUUCAAACACUUUGCAUGAUGGUAAUAUUAAGCGAAAACAGUCUAGAUGAACGUGUCUAGUUAGUAGUUACUACGAUCUUAAGAUGCUUCUGUGUAUCGUGUCUAGAGAUUCAAGAGAAGAAGGAACGAUAUUGAGUAAUACGGAGUGCAAUUUUCUCUCAGGUUGUGUUGUGGUCUGGGAGCUUCGCUUUGUGUUGUAUAUCGCUUUGCCACGAUUUCUUCUGGAUCAAUAUGGACGAGGCGAUCGUGUUCUAAGCAGUUUUCGAUGUGUGUAUUAAUGUGUGGAAGAGAAGGAGAAGAGAGGGACGAGGCAAAGUGAUAGAGGAUAUUGAAAGGCCCUGGGGCACGAAUAUGUUGUCACCAAAUGGCGGAUAUAUCAGUGAAACCAAAUUCGCAGCAAUUUGUAAGAUGAACUUUGUUAGAUAAAUAGAUGGGAGAUUUGGUGAGUGAAUUGGGAAAUGAUUAAAAUACAAAUGAAAAUCAUAAACAUUCUUCAAACAUAUUUCGUCUGGGA